AUGGAGGAUGGAUCUGAAAGGCCAAUAGCCUUUGCGUCGCGUUCUCUCUCAAAAUCGGAACGAAAUUAUUCCCAAAUAGACAAAGAGGCACUUGGGAUAGUUUGGGGAGUAAAGAAAUUCUAUCAGUAUCUGUAUGGGCGUCUGUUCAUUUUACUGACGGAUCAUCAGCCGUUGACGUCUAUAUUUCACCCAGAGAAGGGGAUCCCAAUGACAACUGCGGCUAGACUUCAACGCUAUGCCCUAUUUUUGGCAGGAUUCCAAUAUGACAUCAAGUACAAGAGUACAACAAGACAUGUAAAUGCAGAUUGUUUGUCGCGAUUACCCUUGGUCUCUAAGCAGGAGACAGAAGGAGACACUGUCGAGACGUUCAUAGUGUCUCAUAUGGACACUCUCCCGGUAACUAGCAAGGAAAUCUCACGAGAAACUUUAAAAGACCCAACCCUGUCAAAAGUGUACACCACUGUACAGCGAGGGUGGAUCGAGGAUGAAGAUAAAUGCUUAGGCAUAUUCUACAACAAGCGUGUGGAAAUAAGCAUUCAUCAGAACUGUCUGUUUUGGGGAAUACGUGUUAUUGUUCCCAGUACACUCGGGCAAAGAGUGCUAGACGAGUUACAUGAAGGACAUGUCGUGGUAAAGAUGAAAGGCUUAGCAAGAAGCUAUGUCUGGUGGCCGGGCAUUGACACAGACAUUUAA